AUGGUCUCCGAUGACCAGUUUGAUGGGUUAAUUGACCGCCGCCCAUGUCUCGGCGUUGACAAAUUUUUAUGGCUGACCUGUUUAGAUGUUCCACAGAUUAACAUAAUUAUGGAAAAGCAUUGCAAAACCGGAGAUAUUUCAAUAGAAGAAAAGUCUAUUACAGCGAAAGAAGUUGACAUUGAAAACAUUGAUGUUAAAGAUAGUAACGUCUUAACUGCUGCUCAGCGUGCACGCGCUGAAAGGAAUAGACAGAAAGCUCAAGCAUUGAGAGAAGCUCGUUUAGUACAGCGACCAAAUAAUGAGGGAAGUAAACCGGUAAAGAAGUCAUUCCAAGCACUAGACUCUGGUGGUGGCUUUCUAUUAGAAGAGGAGCCAGAGGUAGUGCCCAAAGUGUGUGCAGUGCCAGCCCCCAUUGUGCAUCCAUCGGAGCAACCAAUCUGUCUGGAAUGCGAUCAACCCUUUCCCCAGUCUUACCUGUUUGAUACAUUUGAUUACAGUGUUUGUGAUGCUUGUAGGGACGACGAGGACGCGCACAGCCUGAUCACGCGCACGGAGGCCAAGAGCGAGUACCUGCUGAAGGAUUGCGACCUAGACUUGCGGCCGCCGCCACUGCGUUGCGUGCGGCGCCGCAACCCGCACCGCGCGCGCUUCGCGGAGAUGCGGCUGUACCUACGCGCGCAGGUGGCGGCGCGCGCGCUAGCCGUGUGGGGCUCCCCCGCGGCGCUGGAACGCGAGCGCGCCGAGCGGGACGCGCGCCGGGACCGCGCCGCCGCCACGGCGCAGCGCCGGCGCAUGCGCGCGCUGCGCAUGGACGUGCGCUCCAGCCUGUUCGGGCGCGGCCGGUCGGCGCACGAGCACGCCUUCGGGCCAGAGUCCUACGAUGCGGACGCCGACCAGUACUCGCGCGCCUGCGACUGCGGCUACGUGGAGACUUACGAGAAGAUG